UAUGCAUGUCUACAAACAUAAAACAUAUUGAAUUUUUUGUGAUCGUAAUCUUUAAAUCAAAUACGUAUUGGGUAGAAAGUUCUUACUAUAAGUAACAUACUAUACUUGUUAAGUAGUUCAGAUAUUCAAAUGCUUUUUCAUAAUAAAGAAUAUACUCAGCCUGUAUCUAUACAAUAAUUUUCGAUUAUCUUCUACGUUUUCACAGGCAUAUGCAUGUACGCAUGUGUCACAACAUAUUUCUGUUCUUUAUUAACAAAGAGUGUAAAACAAUUACAUUUAUAACCUUAAAUUCGAGAGACAGUAUUACAAGUGUGUUUUAUCAUUUAAAAAACUUAUUUAAUUGUAAUUUGACAAAAUAACAUAAAGUAUUGUUUGUAUAUAUACAUAUAUACGAAACAUUUACAAUGAUUGCCACUGUCACGUAUAUUCUAUGAAAACGAGGAUAGAUAAAUCAAGCGAUGGCAAAGAAGAUCGCCAUUAUUUUUAAGAUGUAAUCUAUGUCUUAUCGUAUGACCACAAAAGAAAAUAAAAUGUUCAUGAAAAUUCAGGUGCAUUUAAGUACAAAGGGAUUAAGUUAGUAAUCUGUGAUUAUCAAUAUCUAUAUAUGAGACGGCUCACGUUCGUUAAGGAGUUUUAUGAUCCAACUCGAACGAGAAUCAAAAAUGCCGAGGUUACAGUAUAAAACAUCAAUAUGUCAAUAUAUGGAAUAGAAAUAUUUUAGAAAUAUAAGAUUUAUAUUAUAUUGGCACAAAAUGUAAUAUUGAAGGUAGUAUUCUUAUAUUAUGUUUACAAUGGGGAAAGUUAUACCAAUGAGCUGGUUGAACCAGAUAUUGUUGAUUUUAAGUAUAUUAUGCGCAUUGUUAUCUUUAGUUAUACAAGAAUGGGCUGGUCUCACACCAUUACCAAUAUAUGUUUCUAUUUUGUGGGCUAUUUUUAUUAUAAUAUUGUCAGUGUGGCUCAGUUGUUUUUUAUUUCAACUUGCAUUGAAAGCUAAUAGGCCGCUUAAUAUAAAAUUUCUUAAUAACUGGUUACAUAAAAAAAUACUAAACAAUUUAAAAUUACAUGAUUCUGAAAAUGAAAGUGAAUGUAAUAAUAAACAUGAGAAUGCAGUAGAAGAAAAUAAAGAUGCAAAUUCGACACAAGUAUCUGCUGAGAAGCAAAAGCAUAAAACAAAAAGUACAUCUAGUGGGAAAGAUAUUUCUGCAAAAAGAAAAAGAGCAAUAGAAAUACAUAAUUUAGUAAAAGAAAUAAAUUUAAAAUUCAUAAAUAUUUGGUAUAAAUCUAUCAGCGACGAUACAUCAUUUCCUAAUGAAGCACAAAAGUUACUAAAAAAAUUAUUGACCAAAUUGUUUCAUAAAAUCAGUUUAAUAGACAAAAUAAAGCUUACUCAUAAGCUGUUUAAUGUGUUCUUAUUACAUUUAAAGGAAUAUCACAGAGCAUUACGGCGAGUAGAAAAAGGAACUGCAUCAAAUAUUGAGGAAGCAUUUAAGUAUUUACAUUCCGGUUCCCGUAAUAUGCCAGCCUUAGAGCAUAGGCUUCAUCGAAUGGUUACUAUUUUAGCACAAGAAUUUUUACAAUGGGAGUUAACAAGUUCAUUGCCAUGUAAAUUGUUACUAUCUAUCUUAGCAAAAAGAUUAUUAAUAGUCAUUGAAACAGUAAGUUGUCCAAAUUGGUUAUUUCGAAACUUAUCUGAUUUACUGCAACCAAAGGACAUUUCCAAAACUCAAAGUGAACAGCAAGAUAAUGUAUCACAAGCCAAAAAAGUUAUAUCCAAUGCUCUGGGAGAUGGUAUAACAUCUGCAACAGCAGCUGUGAUUCCACGACCGCUACCAAAACCAAAAUCUGAGUCAUCUACUGAAGCUUUAAUUGAUCGUGAAAAUACCUCAUCGUCUAUAAAUGAUAAAAGACCCACUUUACGUUUACAUAAUUUAGGUACAGAACAUAGAGGUCUAUGGGGUCAAAGUAUGACAGAGGUAGAUUCUGAAAUGGAAGAGGAUAAAAUAUCUCCUGUAUACGAGGAACCUACAGAUUUUGCUACAACAAUUGCUAGACUUAGAACUGUAUUACAACAAAAAUCAACUGUGAAUACACCAUUACAUGUGGAAGAAAAAUCUUAUGUAGUAUAUGAAGGUAGUCAAUUUACAAAUUUGUCCAUUCCUUGGACAGAAUUUCAUACAGCACUUGAUGGAUCACAGCAGUUAUUUUAUUGUAUUCAAUUUGAUGAUAUAGAACAACGUGGAGUCGAUCUAUUUGAAACUACAACUGCUACUGUUAGAAGACAAUAUCGUGAUUUUGCUCAGUUACAUACUAGUCUACAAGAGAUCCCAGAAUUAACGUCUAUUAUGUCAAACUUGAUAUUACCAGAAGGUGGUCGUCUUGAAUUAGAAAAUUAUUUGAAAACUUUAACUACACGCUUGGCUAAUGAAUGUCCACCGCAAUUGCGACAUUUUUUACGGCCAAGUAGUAACGCUAAUAAAAAGGCAGAUGUAGUUGCAGCACGAUUUGACAAAUUUUUGGUCAAAACAGUAAGUGGUGUUUUUAAUACCUUAAAGACGGUUGUUCCAGGUUUUGAAAUUGAACAAGAGGAAGAGAAUGUUCCAUUACCUACAUUAAUGCCUUUAGCUGAUAUUCCAUGGAGAUUUAUCGAGGAUAUAAAAUCAAAAAGUUUGGCAGCUGAACUUCAACAAUUAAUAACUGAAAGAACUGAAUAUUCUUGUGUGGAUUCUGCUUAUGAAGCUGUUGAUUCAAUGGAGAGUACUAAUGAUUCUGCAUUAUUUAGUCACUGGUGGGAAAUUGUAAAAAGUUCUUACGAAGAGGAUGUUGAUGAAUUGGAUUCACAUCUAAUAUUAACAUGCGUUGCUGUAGAUCUCAUUUGUGAAUUACUGACAGGAAUUCGAAGUAACAAUGCCUUGCAACAAGAGGCAGUUGUUAGAUGGGCAAAGUUACUUAUUGGAAAUGUUACUGAACCUGUAUUACAAACUGCUACUUUACAAAUUUUUGAUCAAUUGGGUAAUAUAUCACUUCAUACCGUACAAAAUAAACUUUCCGAGGAAUCAUUGGCAUUAUUAAAAGAAAGACUGUUGCAAGAAUUAUUAGCUAAAAUUCCAAAUGAUAUAAAAUUAAUAUUCGGCGAAGAUGGUACAUUGAAUAUUUUAAAAUAUUUACUUGAUUCUUAUGAAAUUAAAAAAGUUAAUAUAGAUUUAAACCUACAAAUACUGGAUGUUCUAGCAUCACAGUUAUUAAAUUCAUGUAGGUCAAAUCAUACUACAACUGUUCAGUGAUUUCACUUGUUUCAUCAGAAAAGAUAGAUUCAAUUCCUUUUUUUUUUUUUUGAUUUUAUUGAGCCACUAAAGGUUACUAGCUAUUGAAGUGUAUUUUAGUCAGAAGGAAUUGAUGUGCCAUAUGUACUAAAUUUGUUGACUUAAUAAUGUAGAAUUAUAUAAAAUUUUCAAAAAUGGA